ACUUUGACGUUUUCCGUCUUUGCAAUCGGAAAGCACAAUGGCCGCUUCUCAUGAAAAUAAUAAUUGUUUUGUUCAAGAAGUUGCAUCAAUUCCGUAUCAGAAGUUUGUUACAUCAUUUGCGUAAAUCUAGGAUUUGUGCAUAUUUUUUCGAGUGCAUAAACAUUCUUUAGAGUAUCGAACCGGUUUGAAGUCAACAAUUGUUUCAAAUUUAUUUUACCAAAUCAAAGGCCUUCUUGAAAAAAUCCAUUUUUUUAUUCAUCAAGAACGGCCUGGCCAAAAAUUCCAUUUUUCUUUGCAAACUAGAAAAAAGUUUUUCAACCAGCAGUAGUGCUUGAUUGUAGAUUUGUGAGCUUUUCUGUAUACUUUUAAAAAUUAAAGGAUUAACAAAUGUCUUUCCGGUUGUGCGAUUCCACGACCUAAGUGCAUUAAGAAGAUGCUGAAAAGGGCGCGUGCGUGUUUGUUUUCCGUGCCCAAUCCGUUGAUCAACAAAACACAAAACUCGUACUAUCAUGGAAGACGACUCGGCGGCCGAUAUAGAGCUGUUGUGCUUCUGUCUACGUAAAUUAGACGAAAAAGUAAAACUAAACAACGCUUGCAAUGAAGUAGACGAGUUGCGAAAUUUACAUUAUCGGCUGUACACGGAAGCACUCGAAACAGAUGAUGAAAAACUAUCGGCUGGCGUACUGGAGGAUGGCUUGCGCAAGAACCAGAAUUUGAUGAUUGAUCCCGAUGGUGUUAACAAUUAUUGUGACGAUGUGAUCGAACUUCUCAAUGCUCAGGCGGCGGAAUUUUCCGACGAUGACUACGAAAUAACCGAUACAGCUUUGGACGAUCCUCACUCGUAUCUAGCGAGCGAGGACCAUGAUUGUCACGGAAAGUACGAAAACUGUUCCGCAAACGAAAUAUCCCCGUCUACACUGGCCGCGAUUGUAAGCAAUUCUUUGCGAACGGAAGAUCAACGGUCGGUAGAGAGAGGAGAGCGUGAUAAACAUGCUUCCAACGCUAGCAGAACCGGAGAGGACAUUUCCCGGCCUGUAACUACCUCCACCGCUAGCAUUCCAUCGUUCACUCCAAAGAUGCCCGUUUCUAAAGCGCCGCCUUUGAAACCUCCCUCAACAACAUUAGCUGACAUGGCCAAACCUGCUAGUAGCCACGAGAGCGGUGGUGCUUUUCGAACGGCAAAUGAUGAACUUGUCAUACAAAACAUGAAGAAGUACGGUACAUCGAAUCCGUCCGGCAAAGCGCCUCUGUUUGCCUAUGGCCGUAAAACGCUCGGAGGGCGACGUACGAUCGGCAGUAAGUUUGUCUGUCCUUCACGAACGGAUAAAGAUGAUCGGUCGGGUAAGCAGGGCCAGCACGGCUCGGACAACAGCAGCACCGACGAUAGCCAAGAGGAUGAGAUCGACGAGCGUUUGAAGAACAUUGACCCGAAAAUGGUAGAACUGAUUCGCAAUGAGAUUAUGGACCGCUUUCAACCUCUUUCCUGGGACGACAUAGCCGGGCUGGAGUACGCCAAAACCAUCAUCAAGGAAGCGGUCGUGUGGCCAAUCUUGCGGCCAGAUAUUUUUACCGGUUUGCGUAAACCUCCCCGUGGCAUCCUGCUGUUCGGUCCACCCGGUACGGGCAAAACGCUUAUCGGCAAGUGUAUUGCAUCGCAAUCGAAAUCAACGUUUUUCAGCAUUAGCGCCUCAUCGCUCACCUCCAAGUGGAUCGGCGAUGGAGAGAAGAUGGUGCGGGCGCUUUUCGCGGUCGCCGUAGUUCACCAGCCGGCUGUGGUGUUUAUAGACGAGAUUGAUUCACUGCUCUGCCAACGGUCCGAGACGGAGCACGAAAGUUCGCGUCGUUUAAAGACGGAAUUUCUGGUGCAGCUGGACGGAGCUGCAACGGCGGAGGACGAGAGGAUUUUAAUCGUUGGUGCAACAAACCGACCCCAAGAGCUGGACGAAGCGGCACGCCGUCGCUUGGUGAAAAAAUUGUACAUUCCACUGCCGGAAAGGCCGGCUCGAAUUCAAAUUUUAACCCGAUUGCUAGAACGCGAACGCAAUAGCCUGGAGCAGGAGGAAAUUGCACGAAUUGGGGACCUAACGGAAGGAUUUUCCGGUGCCGACAUGAAAGUUUUGUGUCACGAAGCCUCCAUGGGACCGAUAAGAUCCAUACCGUUCGAACAGCUGGGAGACAUUGCGAAGGAUCAGGUGCGCCCGAUAUGUUACGAGGAUUUCCGGCUAGCGCUAACCAAGGUGAAAGCUAGCGUUUCGCCGGAUGAUUUGCAGCAGUAUGUCGUUUGGGAUCGAACCUAUGGUGCGGGCGCGAUUUAGACCUGGAUACAGGCUACGAAUAAAGUACUGGAUCGGUGAAGUACGAUCACCUGAAUUCGAAACCGG